AUUUCAACUUAUCUCUUGUAAUCGAUAACAUUGUUGUUGUUAUCAAAGCUUUCUUAUCCGAAAAGGUUAUUUUAUAUAAAAAUUGUGAUUUUAAGUAACUCUGCGUUAGAGCAGUACAGGUUACAAUGAGCGACAGCGAUGGAAACGAUAGCUUUAGCUCUGCGCUCGACAGCCUCCCUAUAAACAUUUGUUUCCCUCUCGGAAAAGGAGAAAUGAAAAGCAUCGAGAAGCAAUUGGAUCGAAUUGUUUUUAUACAGCAGGCGGAUACUACAUUUUACGGCACGUCUGUUUUGGUGGUGGCCACGGCCAAUGAAACGUAUAUUUACGACAUCAAGGCCCUUGGCUCGAUAUUUCCGGAACUGGCCAAGAUUCUGGAGGCGGAUCAGCCGCGCAAGGUGGUCCACUACAGUCACCGGAUCGCCGAUCAUCUGCUGCAUAGGCAACGCAUCUCGUUGGGCGGAAUCUUUGAUACCUUUGUGGCUCUGUGCCUGAAGCGCCACGAAAGAUUUCCGUUCUCCUUAUCAGAGGCUAUAUCUUUCGUCUUCCGACUAUCAAUGGAUAAAAUCCUCUGCGACGAGGUGACUGGAGCCUGUGAAUCGCGGCGAAACUUCACUGCUCGUCCACUGACCCGCAGUCAAAUAAGAUACAUGGCCAAGAUGGUCCACCUCCAGCACAUAAUGCACCAUCGCUUGAAUUAUAGUGAAAACUUUUGCGCCGAGGUCCAUCGCGUAUCAUUAGAGUUUAGCCACAGCUUCUUCGGCUUCCGGUCCUGCGAUGUAGCCAUUUACAUGGCACCCGCCAGUCGCUUUGGGUUCCAACUUAUAGAUUCAUUCUACAAUAAGACCGACGGGGAGAUCGAGGAGAGCACCAAACGGAAGAGUUCACCAGGAGUGGCAUGGAAUAACAUGUCCUGGAAUUAGCCUAGUGUAUUAAGUAUGAACUUAAUAACAAUUAUGAAUUCUAUGAAUAUUUUCACUAAAAUAUAAAAAACAAUU